AUGAAAGACGACAUUUUGCCCCCAUAUGAGACCCCGGCGCCGGCAGCGCCCCCGUACGAAGAAGUCCAAUCUCACGACGAUGACAACGACGUCGACAACGCCACCGUCGAGCCGACCAUCUUCAUUCUCGCCGGCCAGGCCGUCUACGCCGAGACGAUCGACGGCCCACCCGCCUACGAGCUAUCCCGCGCCGUCGCCACGCUCACCAAGUCGACUGAAAAGGUUGAAUUCGAGCGCCUCGACCAGGUCCUCAGCGCGGCAGCAGCCCCAGCCGACUCCUCCUCCUCCGCCGCCGCCUCGCCUCCAAUCCGUCGCCGCCGCCGCCGCCGGCACCUUUACGACCUGCGACGCACGCCCAAGCAGCCUCGCCUCGGCCUCGCCCGCUCACGCGCGCGCUCCGACGCGCCCGAGUACUACCUACACAGCCAGUCAUCGCGGCGGACGCUCGGCCACGUCGGGCUCGCCAAGGAUCGGUCCGGCGGCGGCUGGGCCGCGGGUUUCCGCGCGGUACCCGUGCACGUGGCGGCGGCCACGACGGGCCGGGCGCGCUUCGCCGACGGUGCCGACGGCGCGACGCCGCUGUUUGCGCUGCGCAGGGACAAGGGGGGCCGCUCGCGCUGGGUCGCGGCCGACGGCGAGGAGACGCUGGCGAUUGAGGACGCGGCGGAUCGGCAGCGCAGGCUCAUACUGACGAGGGCGCUGCCGCGCAAGGAGGUGGACGCGCUGGUGGCGUUGUGGUGCGCGAGCAUAUGGCAGGAAGCCGCCGUGAGAGCGGACGAAGAGCUCAGGGGAGUCAAGGACAGGCAAAAAAAAAAAAAAGAAGAGAACAACAUGUGCUGGCAGCUUCCAAACUACUCCGAGUACCAGUGCGGACACCCCGGCACCACCACCUUUUCCCUGAAGCGAUGCCCGGCCGCCAAGGACCGCUGCGACUGGAUGCCUUGCAAAGUCGUGCUGGAUAGCGAGGAUGGCCCCGCGGAGCCCCCUACGCUGAUCUGGAACCCUUGCCAGACGUGCAAGGAGAGCGGCGACUGGCUGGAAUUCAUUGACAUACAGGGCCGGCUCCGGUGGAGGAGGACUGUCGGCGCCAUCAAGCCGCCGUCAAAGAAGAGAAUCUACCACAACUACAUCAAGUGCGGGCACUCGGUCCGCGUUCCCAUCCACGUAGUCGGCCCGCCCUGCCCUGCCGCUGCGCUACACCUCCUCCCCGGCCAAAACUACUGCCCCGUCGCCGUCGCCGCCUGGCAGACGAGGGUCGAGACCGUCGACGAGCCUUGCCUGUCUUGCAAGCAAGGCCGCCUCUGGUUCCUGCUCAUCGACGAGCACGGGCGGUACAAGUGGUCGCCGUGCAUUCCCAACGCGCAGCGCAACGGCGAGUACGCCAGGUGUCCCGAGAUCGAAUCGGCAAAAAAUCAAUGA